CUUCCUGUGCAGUCAUGCAAUUAUUUCUAUGAAUGUGUAAGUACCAAGCACGAGAUCCCUUUGCAAGCAGGAUCCACUCUAAUUGCUCUUCUUCUGUCUGACGAAAGCAGGCUCUGUCUGUGGACUGCGUGCGUCCUGCUCGGUAAGAACCGUUGGGGUUAUGUUCCUGGCUGGGCACCCGAGUGGCCCUGGCUGCUUUGAGCUUGUUUCCUCUGAAGCGGACAGGCUGUAUUCAUCUAUUCUGUAUCGGACUUGGUUGUGAGCCACAACUAGGUCUUGUGUGCUGCUCCUGUGACCUCAGGGAAUGAAUUUUUCUCUGUUUCUUUUAAGUCUGGAGUGUUUGAAACAGCCUACGUGGGUGAUGUUUUUAUAGCAUGAAAUCAAGGAUUGUGUGUUGAAUGGCAUGAGGAUAUAUUCAUUGAGAGUGGAAAGCCUGUUGAGAAGUUGUUAACAGACUGGAUAGUACAGAGGGAGUCACACUCGGUGCAGUCUUACCUGUACUGGUGUUUGGGAACAGUUCCUGGAGUGAAGUGUUCCCAAAACUGUGCCCAGGCUUUGUCUUCAGGAAAGCUGUUUGGAGCAGCGUCGGUGGCCGCUCUCUGGUCUUCCACAUGUAGCAGGUUAGGUGUACGCAGGAGAUACAAAUGACCGGAAGGAACUGGUAUGCCAUUAUAGGCAUACCUACCUGGUAGACUGCUGUGCCUCAUCAAAUUCCUGCAAAGCUGGUCCUGGAGCUUUACUUAAAGCAGGUUGUGGAGCUCCCAUGUCAUCAGGUCCUAGGGCUGCUGCUGCCUGCUGAGUGAGGAUACACAACAUGGCACCAAAAAAUGUUUCUUGUGAUUUUAAGGGACCAUGUGGUAAAUAUGCCAUUAUGCAGUGGUAUUUCUUUUUUCUUUCUCAGAUUUGAAAGACUAUAUUAUUUAGAAAUUAUAAUGAGCCUGUACAAUGCAUAAAAUGCAUGUGGACACAGUCUUGUACCUGUGCAGUUCUCCAGUGCAAUCGUUAACAAUGUGUUUUACCAUUUGGUGACGUUCCUUUGUCUCGCUUAACAGCCUUGCAUGACACUCGUAUAGAAAAAUACACAUCUUUCCCUAAGAAACAGGCAAGGAUAUAAUUUAAGUAAUGUUUUUUAUAUUUUGACUUACUUUAAAUUGCAUUUGUUGUCAGAUGAGUUCUUGUCUUACAAACUUGUCAUAUCUCUCCUUGAACGUCAUUUUGUAGUUAAUUUCUUUGCGAAAAUACAGAGAAAGCAUACUAGGCUUCUGAAAUCUUACAGUAAUAUUUUCAGAUAUUACUCUAAAGGAUGAACCGUUUCCUCCAGCUUAAAAUAUUAAGCCAGCAUUGCUUCAGCUUGCUUUGCAAGGCUUAACUAUAUCUGCAGUUAUGUAAGUUUCAGUUAUGUGAUAUUUCAUGGGCAUCUAUUUAAACAUACAACUAUUAUUUUUAGUUGAAAUAUAGACUAUAUAAAGACUUAAAAGAUGUGGGAUCAAGGUGGACAACCUUGGCAGCAAUGGCCUUUGAACCAACAGCAGUGGAUGCAGUCAUUUCAGCACCAGCAAGAUCCAAGCCAGAUUGACUGGGCUGCAUUAGCUCAAGCAUGGAUUGCUCAGCGAGAAGCCUCAGGGCAACAGAGUGUAGUGGAACAACAAGGAAUGAUGCCAAACGGACAGGAUAUUUCAGGAAUAGAGUCUGGUCCAAACAACCAUAAUAAUUUUCAGGGGGAUCCCAACUUCAACAGAAUGUGGCAGCCAGAAUGGGGAAUGCCUCACCAACCCCCUCACCCACCUCCAGAUCAGCAGUGGAUGGCUCCAACCCCAGGUCAAAUGGAAAUUGUUCCUCCAUCUGAAGACAGCAACAGUCAGGACAGUGGGGAAUUUGCUCCUGACAACAGGCAUAUAUUUAACCAGAACAAUCACAACUUUGGGGGACCUCCCGAUAACUUUGCAAUGGGGCCAGUGAACCAGUUUGACUAUCAGCAUGGGGCUGCUUUUGGUCCACCUCAAGGUGGAUUUCAUCCACCUUAUUGGCAGCCAGGACCACCAGGGCCGCCAGGUCCACCAGCACCUCCUGCACCUCCUCAAAAUCGAAGGGAAAGACCCUCAUUCAGAGACCGACAGCGUUCACCUAUUGCGAUGCCUGUGAAGCAGGAGCCUCCACAGAUUGAUGCUGUGAAGCGUAGAACUCUGCCUGCCUGGAUUCGUGAGGGCCUGGAAAAGAUGGAACGAGAAAAACAGAAAAAAUUGGAAAAAGAGAGGAUGGAACAGCAACGUUCACAGAUGUCUAAAAAAGAAAAAAAGGAAAGUGAGGAGGCUGAAGAAGGGGAUGGCCCACGCUUACCUCAGAAAAGUAAAUUUGACAGUGAUGAGGAAGAUGAAGAUGCUGAAAACACAGAAGCUGUAAGUGUUGGGAAAAUCAGCAGGAGUCCAUCCCCGGCUCCUCAAGAGGAGCAAAGUGAACCAGAAAUGACAGAAGAAGAAAAGGAGUAUCAAAUGAUGAUGCUGACAAAAAUGCUGCUGACAGAGAUUCUCUUAGAUGUCACAAAUGAAGAAAUUUACUACGUGGCCAAAGAUGUUCACCGUAAAGCAACUAAAGCUCCUGCAAAACAGCUGGCACAGUCCAGUGCACUGGCUUCCCUCACUGGACUCGGUGGACUGGGUGGUUAUGGAUCAGGAGACAGUGAAGAUGAGAGGAGUGACAGAGGCUCUGAAUCAUCUGAUACUGAUGAUGAGGAAUUACGACACAGAAUCAGGCAAAAACAGGAGGCAUUUUGGAGAAAAGAGAGAGAACAGCAACUACUACUAGAAAAACAGCUAGAAGAAGAAAAGCUACAAAAUGAAAAAGUUUCAAAAGAGAUGAAUGAAUUUAUCAGCAAAGAACAGAACAGUAACUCAGCAUCACAGGAAGCAAAAGAAAUUGAAGCAGAUAUGGCUCAUGAAAAGAAAAGAUCUCCAAAUGCAAUCGCACCUGAUACAGAACUCAAAAAAGAGGGUAAAGAGAGGACAGGAAGGAGUGGGUCAAGAAGCUCUAGCAGUGGUAGCACUAGCAGCAAUAGCAGAAGCAGUAGCAGUAGCAGCACUGUAUCUAGUUCAUCCUAUAGCACUAGCUCAGGUAGUAGUCGCAGCUCUUCGCGUUCUUCCUCUCCUAAAAGGAAGAAAAGACACAGUCGCAGCAGGACGCCUUCACAUAAAGUUAGGCGCAGUAGAAGCAGGAGUUACUCCCACAGAAAUAGGAGAGAGAGGAGUAGGAGCAGGGAGAAAAUAAGGGAAAGGAGAAGAUCUAGUAGGAAUCGCAGUGCUGAAAGAGGGGAGAGGCGAAGAAAUCGGAGUCCUUCAAGAGAGAGAAGCUGGGAUAGACGUAGAAGUAGUAGCCGUUCAAGAGACAGGCGAGCUAACCGUGCAAGCCGCAGCAGAAGCAGGGAUAGACGUAAAACUGAAGACCAGCGUAGAAGCCCUACUGGAAAUAGGCACAAACAUAAAAGUGAGGGUAAAGAUCAAGAAAGGAAGAAGGAGCAGGGCGGAGGUGUAGAUAAAGACAGAAAAAAGAACAGAGAAAGGGAGAGAGAUCAGGAAAAAAGAAAAGAUAAGCCCAAAAAAGAGGAAAAAGAAAGUAAGGCUGGCAAUCAUGAUGACAGUAGAUUAAAGAGAAAAAGAGACAGUGAAAGAACUUUCUCUCGCAGUGAUUCAAUAUGUGUGAAAAUAAUAAGACAGGAUUCCAGACAAGAAAGCAAAAAAAUUUCUACCAAAGAUAGCAAAAAACGGUCAGGCUCUGAAUCUAGUGCAAGGAGUAGUUCUGAAUCACCAGGAAGCAGUAAAGAAAAGAAGGCUAAGAAAUCGAAGCAUAUUCGGUCAUGCUCCAUGGAGAAAUCUCAAAGGUCUGGUAAGAAGGCAAGCCGCAAACACAAGUCUAAGUCACGAUCAAGAUCAACGACUCCUCUUCGUCGUAAACGCUGAGGAAUUUAUGGCACCAGUGCUAUGACGUUUAAAAAUUCCAUGAGUUAUAAAAGGCUUGUCUCAUUAUAGAGGCACAUUGUGGCUAUGUAGGUGAAACCAGAAUCCUUUUUUUAUCUGUAAAUAGGUGUAUUUUUUCCAAAUGCUGCUCAGAAUUAAAUACCUAAUAGGAUUUCUUUGUAUUACAUUUUUUCAAGAACGGUAGUGCUUAUUAAGAAUAUAAACCAGGCCAUUCUCUUUCAGCUGUAAUGUUCUUAAAAUUACUAUUGAAUGUACUGUGAUGUCAAUAAAGCUCUUUAGUUCAUUUUUUGUUUAAAAUUCUUGCACCUGCAUUUUGUGUUAAAUUGUAGAAAGUACUUUUAAAAAAAAGAAAGAAAAAGGCAGCUUUUUUGGUAUAAAAAUUUUUAAAGUACUUGAAAAAGAUUUUAACGUAAAACACUUGUCAAAAUAUGUAAUCCAUGGACAUGAUGAGAUUAAUCUAUUGGGGGGGUAUGGAAGAACAAAGAAAAGACACAUUAUUUUUUCUUUAGAUAUGUGUAAUAGAUUUUUAAUAACCUUUUUAUUUGGACUAGCAAGUAAUAUAUGCUGUGUGUGUAAAAUAUGGGUCACUGUAAUACAGGCUAUACUUAAACAGACUGAACCCCAUUAGGAAUAUGUGCGACUAAUUGAUCUUGUGUGACAGUGUUGAGCUCUGGAACUAUAUUCCUCACCCAGUUUUCAGAGAGAACUUUCUGGAUGUUCAGGGAUAUUACAGGAACAAGACUCACUAUUUUAGCUGUUUUUAUGGAAUAUAUUUAUAAAUGGCACUCAGUACACAUUAGAAAACUGACAAUAGGUUAACUUUACAUUUUGGCACAUGCAUUAAAUCUGUAGUAAACAUUAAAGCUGGUUAUUUUUGUUAGUGUUAUCAGAAUUGUGAUUCCUGUAAAGCUAAUACAUUGAUCAGGCAGCAAUGUAACUAAAUUUUUGUUUUUAAUAUCACCAUGAAGUGAUAGAGGUCACUGAUUACCUCCUCCUUAAGGAACUGAACUAUUGCUAUUAGUAAAAAGAGUGUGAAAUAAUACUAGUUAAAAAAACCAAACAACAAUACACAACCCUAGGCCAGUGACUGUUACAGAAGAACAUUAAUUCAGGAAAAGAUUGGAGAUCUGUGCCUAGAAGGUUUGGUAUGAUACCAGUUGUGAAAAAGAUAAAAGGUUUAACAUCAAAGUAAGAUCUCUUUGAUGGCUGUAUCUUCUAAGAAAAAAAAAUAUACUAGUACAGGCAACUUGCAAAGCAUGUCUUCAUGAACCGAUUAAUCCAUUUAACUAAAAUUAGAAUUCAGCUAUGCAGCACUUUUGCCAGUGUAAUUUUUUUCAUAAAUUAGAUGCAGAAGUAAACUGCUUCAGUGCAAAGAAUGACAUUUUAACUAUACGUUUAUUAAGCAAGCUAAUGGCUGGUGAACACAUGCAUGUUUAUCAAAACACUGUUACAGAUAAAUAAUUAGUUAAUCAGUUAUAAAUAACAUACCCCCCCAAUUAAGUCCUUUUACAUAGACUAAGCAGUCAGUCAUACCUAUUAGCAAAAUAAGGCAUAAUUUGCAACACACUACUUUUACUUCCAUUGGUGUGGAUAUAAAUAACGAUGUAUUGAUCCAAUCUCAGUACACUACUGGCUCUUGGUAAGAAAAGUAGGUAGCAUAACAGUUCAGAUGUCUUAGAAGGAUGUCUUGAGAGAGAGAGAAGGAAACUAGAAUUAAGUUUAAGAAAAGCUAUUGAGGAAUACAGUUUCCAUGAUGCAUUGAAUUUGAUUUUCAGUUCAGAUUUUAUAUUCUCUGUCUAAUAAUAAAAAAGAUUGUGUAUGAAAAGCUUUAUAUACUCUGCCAACAACUGGAAUUCUGUCACUUCCUGUAAAUAUGAAAAUUAUUUUUUUGACACAAAUGCACUUAUAUGGGUAGUGACUGUAUGCCAAUAAAAAGAGCAUACGAUC